UUAGUAAUAUUUGACUUCUGUCAGUGGUGUGUGUGUAUCCAUGUGCAUGUGUUCAUGCAUGUGUCUGUCGUUUAGUGAGUGGACACAGCGUGAUCGUGCAUGCAGCUUCAUUGAUCAUUACCCACCAAGCACUCUGGACCCAUCAUGGAGUCUGGGAAGCAGCUGACAGGUACGCUGGCCCUGGCUGUGUUCGCAGCAGCUCUGGGCUCCCUGCAGUACGGAUACAGUCUUGGAGUCAUCAAUGCACCACAGAAGGUCAUUGAAAAGCAUUAUGGGCGCUCCCUGGGGGUCUGGACAGAGGGGGCCACAGUGCAUCCAGAGAACAGCACAGAACAAGAGGUGGGAAACCACCCUACUGUUGUCAUUUACUGGUCCCUGUCGGUGGCAAUCUUCUCCAUCGGCGGCAUGUUAUCGUCCUUCCUGGUGGGAUUUGUGGGAGACAUGAAAGGAAGGGUGAAAGGCAUGCUAAUGGUCAAUGUUCUGGCUGUGGCUGCUGGUCUGCUGAUGGGUCUGUGCCGGAUGUGGAAACCUCACAUUAUGGUCAUCUCAGGCCGUGCUGUUAUGGGCUUUUACUGUGGAUUGACAUCUGGACUUGUGCCUAUGUACAUUGGAGAGAUUGCGCCCAAGGCCUACAGGGGGGCUCUGGGAACGUUACACCAGCUGGCUAUUGUCAUCGGUAUCCUAAUCAGCCAGGUUCUAGGCUUGGACUUUGUGCUUGGUAACGAUGCUAUGUGGCCCUUGUUGCUCGGGCUGUCUGGAGCUCCGGCAGUGUUACAGACCCUGCUGCUGCCUCUGUGCCCCGAGAGCCCGCGCUACCUCUACAUUUUGCUGGGCAAAGAGCAAGAGGCCCGGACAAGUCUGUGUCGUCUGAGGGGGCCUUAUGACACCACGUCUGAUCUGGAGGAGAUGCGGAGAGAGAAAGAGGAGGCAGACAAGGAGGCCCGGGUCUCUAUCCUCUCUUUGAUCCGCUCUUCCGUCUACAGGCAGCAGCUGUUUGUUGCCCUCAUGAUGCAUCUCUCCCAGCAGCUUUCUGGCAUCAACGCUAUCUUUUAUUACUCCACCGCCAUCUUUGCUCAGGCUGGUGUCAGUCAGCCAGUCUAUGCCACUAUAGGAGUCGGGGUCAUCAACACAGUCUUCACGAUGGUGUCUGUUGCGCUGGUGGACAGGGCUGGUCGACGCAGUCUGACGCUCAUUGGUCUGGGAGGAAUGUGCUGCUGUGCAGUUGCCAUGACAGUGGGCCUCGCACUCCAGAAUCAAUUCAUCUGGAUGAGCUACGUCAGCAUGUCUGCCAUCUUCCUCUUUGUGAGUUUCUUUGAAAUCGGUCCUGGUCCGAUUCCAUGGUUCAUCGUGGCUGAGCUGUUCAGUCAGGGACCUCGGCCUGCGGCCAUCGCUCUCGCUGGCUGCUGCAACUGGACCAGCAACUUCAUCGUAGGCAUGACCUUCCCCUAUAUACAGGUUUGGCUCGGUUGCUACGUGUUUAUCCUCUUUGCCGUGCUGCUUUUCGGUUUCACCGUGUUUACUUAUCUCCGGGUCCCUGAGACCAAAGGAAAAACCUUCGAGGAGAUUGCUGCAGUCUUCCAGAAGGGACGGAAAAAGCAAGACCCGAUUCCCAAAGACGAUAGUGAACUGCAGCAGCUCAAAACAUCCACGGACGCCUAAAACAACUUUGUGUUUAUUCGGACAGUAUUAGCAUGAUAUCUUUUCAAAUAAGUUUGUUUACACAGGAGAAAAGGACACCUUUUCAUUACGUUAAAACAAGAACUACACAAAAA